CUUUCUGACUCUAUUCUGUAAAGGAUAAAUAUUUAAUUAUCAAGCGAAGUGCGUAGUCAAUCGAUGUUCACAGCGAUUACACACUAUUCGACAUGUCAGGCAGAGAAGGUGGUAAGAAAAAGCCCUUAAAGGCUAAGAAAAAGUCCGGAGGUGAUCUCGAUGACGUAGAUCUUGAAUUCAAGGCCAAGCAGAAAGCGGCUAAGGCUGCCGAGGCGGAAGCCCGCAAAAAGAUGCUCGGAGGCAAGAAGAAGUAGAUUGCCAUUUGAAUGAACUCUUCCUUACAUGGAAGUAGCCGUCACCCGAGUCUAUAAACAUCCCGAAUUCGAAAUAGCGGUCUACAGAGUAUUGCGGUAGCUACGACUAUGUGUGCGCUGGGCGAAUUGCCGUUAGUCGCUUGGGCGAGAAUUGUCCGUAUGGACGGACAUCACUGGCUGGAAUGUGGACGGUAUGCUAAUUGCGCUUAAUCAGAAUAUAUCACUAUAAAAGAAGUCAAGUAUAAUUUAUUAUUCAUAUAUACGUCUCUGGCAUUUGAAUCAUAUCCUCAUAAGGAAUCACUAUAAAAGCAGGCAAGUACAAUUUAUUAUUCAUAUAUACGUCU